AUGAAUUUGUUAAGAAAAAAAAUUAAAAAUGAAAAGAGUUUGUCAGCAUUGUCAAUAAAUGAAAAAGAAAUGAAGAAUGAAAAUAUAAGUAAUAUAAAUAUAAAAAAGGAAAAUUUCGAACAAAAUGAUGAUCAUAUAAACAACAGUUUAUAUAAUUCUUAUCAUCAUGAUGAGCAAGAACAAAAAGAAGAAUAUCCUUACAAGAAGAAAGAUAUAAAUAAAAAGAAGAAAUGGAAGAAACAAUAUAAAGGUGUUAAAUUAUAUAUGAACAUGCUUUUAAAUAAUUAUAAAUUAAAAAAAGAAAAAAAAAUCGAAAAAACAAAAAAUUGUAACGAUUUAUUAUCAGGGUUAAAAAAAAGAAGAAAGAAGAAAAAAAUUAUAAAAAAUGAUUAUAUACGAAUUAUAAAUACUGAGAAAGAAUAUAUACAAAAAUAUGAAGAAGAUAAAAUAUUUUUAGAUAAUAUAAAAAAUGUUUCUUCCUGUGAACUGAUAAAAGAUUGUUCAUAUUAUGUUUUUUUUUAUAAUCUUUUUAUUAAAGGAAUGUAUUUAAAUAAGGAAUGUUUAGAGAAUGCCAUAAAAAAGGAUACAGAAAAAAAUAGUAAAAAAAAUGACAUAUAUAUAAACAAAAUGUGUGAUAACAUCUCAAACAUUAUAAAAUCAGAAAAAAAAAAUAAUGACAAACAUAAUGUAAUAUUAUUAAAAGGGAAAUAUACAAGACAGUUGAUAUGUGAUUAUUUAAAAUAUUUAUUAGACAGUAUAAAAAAUGAGAAUACUAUUAAAGCAAAGUUUUAUAUCUUGGAUUAUAUAAAAAUAUUAGAAAAUAAGAAAAAAGAAAGUGACAAAAAAAUUUUUGUUUUUAAAAAUGGUAAUGAAGAGAAUAAAUUAGGUAAUGAUGCAUUUUUAAAUAGUAAUAUAUUAAACGAAAAAAAGGAAAAUGAUAAUAAAAGUUAUAAUAAACGUGGUGAUAUGAACCAACAUGGUGAUUAUAUAAAAAUAUUAGAAAAUAAGAAAAAAGAAAGUGACAAAAAAAUUUUUGUUUUUAAAAAUGGGAAUGAAGAGGAUAAAUUAGGUAAUGAUGUAUUUUUAAAUUGUCAUAUAUUAAACGAAAAAAAGGAAAAUGAUAAUAAAAGUUAUAAUCAACAUGGUGAUAUGAACCAACAUGGUGAUAUGAACCAACAUGGUGAUAUGAACCAACAUGGUGAUAUGAACCAACAUGGUGAUAUGAACCACCAUGGUGAUAAUAUGUUAAAUGAAGAGAACCAUUUGAGUUCCUCAAAUUUAUUAAGUGUAAAAAAUAUAAAGCAUAAAAAAGAAGAUGAUAUAUUUAGAAAGGAUGAAUCGAUUAAAAGUAAUAAUUUAAUAAGAAGCAAUGAUAUAAAAAUAAAUGAACAUAUUUACAAUAAAAUAUUAAAUAAUUUUAUAAGUGAAUUAAAAAGUUUUUUCUUUUCUAUGUUAGAAAAGAUAACAAGUUCUAAACUAUUAAUAAAAUUUAUUUUAGCAUUUACAGAUAUAUGUUUAAUAUUAACACCUCAUUAUGUUAAUAUAAUUAAUUAUAUAGAAAUAUUAUGUGACUUUUCACAUAUAAUACCUAUAAAUUGUAUAUCUUAUUUUAUACAUUUUUUUCAAAGUUAUAAAAAUAUAUUCAUUCAAAAAUAUAAAGAAUUCCAACAUUCUAUUAUUCAUAAUGAUCCAAUAAAAAUACAAUCUGUAGGUGCUAGACUUAUAGGUUUUAUAAAAAUAUUACAAAAGAAAAUUAAUCUUAAUAAUAAUCAACAAUCAAUAUAUACUUUCUUUCUCAACUUAUUAUUGGCUGAAUGUCUGCCAAUUAAUCAUUUAGGAUUUUGUAAUCGGCAAUCAGCAAAAAAUAAUUUUCAUUAUUUUUUUGAGGACACACUAAAUUAUUGUAACAAACAAAUUACGGAUGAACAAAUAAUUUAUGACAACUUUGAAUUAAAAAUUCAAAAUAAUAUUAAAAAUUAUAAAAAAAUGAAAACUAUCAUUCAGGAGGAAAUAAAUGGGGUUCAUAAUAAAUAUGUUGAACUGGGUAGAAAGAAACUGACGGGGCAAAAAAAUAAUAUAUAUGAUCAAAAUGUUAUAGGUGAUGAAACUAUUUUAAGUGAUAAAAAUGUUAUAGGUGAUGAAAGUAUUUUAAGUGAUGAAAACAUUUAUAGUGACAAAAAUGUUUAUUGUGACAAAAAUGUUUAUAGUGAUAAAAAUAUUUAUAGUGAUAAAAACAUUUAUUGUGAUAAAAACAUUUAUAGUGAUAAAAACAUUUAUAGUGAUGAUAACACGUCAAAUAAUAAAAUUGUAGAAAGUGCCGUGGAUAAUAAAAGAAAAAGAGAAGAAUCUAAAGAAAUAUCCUCGUCAAUUAAAAAACAAAAAAAAAACGAUGAAAAUGAUUUAAGAGAUAAUAAAAAAAAUAUAAUCAAUGAAGAAUAUAUAGAACAAAAAGAUACCAAACAAAUGUAUUUAUCAUACAUGUCAUUUAUUUCUCUUGUUGCGUUUAUAAAAUAUCCAGAAAUAAUUACACAUGACAACAUUAUUUUAUUAGAAGAUGUAUAUAAUUCAUUCAAAACUUUUUUGAAUUAUAUAAAUAAAAUAGAUAAAGAAAAAAAAAAAAAAUUUAUAGGUACCAAAAAAUAUAUGAAUAUGAUAAAGGCAUAUUUAUUUAAUGACCAUAUUGACUUCUUAGCUAAUUUUCAUAUUUUUAAAAUACUAGUAUAUGAUGAUAAUUUUUUAAGGGUUUUAUUUUUUAAUAUAUUGGUAGCAUUGAACUAUUUAAAUAGGGAACUUCAAAUAUGUGUGAAAGACGACUCUGAAUUAAAUGACAACAACAAUAAUAAUAAUAGUAAUAGUAAUAAUAGUAAUAAUAGUAAUAAUUAUAAUAGUGUUGUUAAAAAAAACGAGGCAACUAUUAUAACGCCAAGGGACUCGUUUCUCUUCCUUGCAGAUUAUGACACAUAUAAUGACAACCAAGAGGGAGAGCGAGAAAAAAAUAAUAAUCAUGUGAAUGCUCUCACGACAAGGAGUCAUCAAAAAAGUAUAAGAGAAAAUAGUAAGAACAAAGAAAGUGGGAGAAGUAGUAUACUAACAACAACUACAUGCAACAAUAAUAAUAAUAAUAUUUUAGAUAGUAAUAAGCUUAAAGAAAAUAUAAAAAAUAAAGAUAACAGCAACAACAGAAAUAUGUCUGUUAAUCAAAAUGUUUUUGUGAACACAACUAAAGAUAUAAAACAUUCUAAAGAAAAUGAUAAUAAAUUUAUAGUAAAAGAAAAAAUAAAAAAAAUCAUAUUCACAUUUAUAAAAGAAUUAUUAAAUUAUUUAGAUAAAUUUACUAAUAGUAAUCAUAACUUUAUGCUAGCAAAAGAAUAUUCUUGGUAUGUAUGGAAGAAACAAUUAAAUAUGUCAAAACAUAAUAAGGAUCCUUAUGAUAUAUCCUUUCAAUUUAAAUGUGUUGAUGAAGAUAUAAAGAAAGAAAAAACUUAUGACUUAAACCAAUUAACAAAUAAUUACACAUAUAAUAAACAAAGAAAUAAUGAUUUCAAUUAUAAUUUUCAUGAUAAUGAAUUUUUAAAUUCUAAUCAUAAUGUAGACAAAACAAUUCAUAAAAAUGAAGUGUCAUACUUAUCAAAUUUAAUAAGUAAAAAUAAAAAAACAGAUAAUCAAUCACCUGUAGAAAGUCUUAUAAAUAUGAUAGAAAAUUUUGAAGUUCUAAACAAAAAAAUGAAACCAUAUUAUUCUAAUAAUAAAAGUAAAUAUAUGGAACAAAUAAAUAAUACAGAUAUGAUAAUGAACUUUUAUAAUAAUAUGACACAAAGGAAUAAGGAGCAUUCUACAUAUAAUAAUAAUAAUAAUAAUAAUAAUAAUAUAUUUAAUAUAAAUAAUUUCUUAUUAGAAAUUAAUAAAAUAUAUUUAAGAAGAGAAGCAGAAUUCUGGGAGCUAGAUGAAAGUGAUUCAAUAACUGAAGAAAAAAAAAAUGAAAGUCAUAACAAAAUUCUUAUUGAAAAACUUAUAGAUAAAUUAGAUGAUUAUAAAAAAAAAAUAAAUAUUGAUAAUGAUCCAAUUAAUGAAAUAGAAGAAAGUGAAAAAAGUAAAAAUAACCCAGUCUUCAAAUUUAGGUUAUCUAAACUUUUUAUUCUAAAAUAUAUAGAUCUUUAUACAAUUAUAAAGAAUAAAGAAUUUACAACUGAUUGUGAUUUUCUUUAUAAUCUUAUGAUUCAAAUGGAUAAAAAUGUUGAAAGAAAAAAAAGUAUACUCAACAAAGGAGUAGCAGAAAAUGAAGAAGAAAUAAAUAUGGAAGAAGAAAAAAAGGUUCAACAAGAAAUUAACAUUGAAGAAGAAAUAAAUAUAGAAGAAGAAAAAAAUGAACUUGAAGUUCAGCAACAUGAACAAUUAAAUGAUAAGCAAGAAGAAUAUGAAGAUGUAACACAGAACCUCAAUCAAGAACAAGAAGAGGAAGAAGAAGACAAAUUUUUAACACCUGAACAUCUUCCUAUAAAUGUAGAAAUAAAAUGA